AUGUCCGAGUGUAAGGCCCCGCAAUGCACCCGACAGCCCUCCUUCAAUGCCGAGGGCAGCAAGACGGCGAUGUUUUGCAGGCAACAUGCCGAGGAGUCCAUGGUGGACGUAAGGAACAAGCGCUGCGCUCAAGCCGGAUGUACACGGCGAGCCACGUUCAACAAACAAGGCAACAAGAUGCCGAUGUUCUGCAGGCAACAUGCCGAGGAGUCCAUGGUGGACGUAUGGCACAAGCACUGCGCCCAAGCCGGAUGUACACGGCGAGCCACGUUCAACAAACAAGGCAACAAGAUGCCGAUGUUCUGCAGGCAACAUGCCGAGGAGUCCAUGGUGGACGUAUGGCACAAGCACUGCGCCCAAGCCGGAUGUACACGGCGAGCCACGUUCAACAAACAAGGCAACAAGAUGCCGAUGUUCUGCAGGCAACAUGCCGAGGAGUCCAUGGUGGACGUAUGGCACAAGCACUGCGCCCACGGUGAAGGGUGCACAAGUCGACCGAGUUGGGGGUACUGGGCGGACGUGACGGCUAGUGUAUGCGCGAAACACAAAGGCGACCUCACGGAAGGGUUCGCGAUCAACUUCAAUCGACAGUGCAAGGUAGCUGGUGUGAAGGGAUGCAUUGCAGUUGCGAGGUGGGGGGUGGACGGCGAGCACCCGACUCACUGCGACAAGCACGGUGCACCGCGGGCCGGCGAAGGCUUCGUCCGCGUCCCAUCAAGCGGUCGGAGGACUUCAGCUUCAUCUUCGUAUUCGAGCGCGGCCUCGGGCAGGAGCCGCUCCGCCCGGGGUGGCCGAACCGGAACCCGUGGCGGGGGUGGAAUCAAGAGGGCCCGCAAGGCGGUACCCCGGCGCCCUGUCGAGAGCUCGUCAGAGGAGGAGUCGAACGAAGACUUCGACGACGACGACAGCGAUGGCUCGGUGGGGGGCGCCAAUGAGGAGGAAGAAGACGAGGAUGAGGAGCAAGAGAAGGUCGAGAAACCGAAGAGGAAGAUCAUUUGGCUUUAG